CUGGGGGAUCGCCGGAAGCCAGCUCAGCUCCUCUCCACAUAAUUACUGUCUUACUCAAUAAAACCUGUGGCGGGGGAAGGAAGAGGCCCCCAGCAUCGCUGAGGGGAGCAGGGCCGAGACAGCGUAUGAACAGGCCCCGACGUUCAGUUUUCAAAGGGAACGAGUGAGGAGAACUCCCAAAGAUGGGUGUAUUUGUAUAAACAACCGCAGUAUUAGUAACAGAAGAACAUGAGCCGCUACCUAAUACUCGGCCAGAGUAUUGGUUUAUUUAGGCCAGUAUCUGCCUUGCUGAUUGGCAGCUGAAAUAUCAGUGGGGAUAUCUCCCAAAUUGGUAUUUGGGUAUAAAUGGUGUGUGUGUGUGUAUGAGUAGUAAAUGCAUGUGCAUCCCUAUAUGAGGAAGAAAGCGUGGGCCCUGUUCCUUCUUACCUUAAGACUGGAAGUGGGAUGGUUGAGAAACUCUGGCUUCCGUUUUUGGGUCAUGAGAAUGUUUUCUUUGCGGCACCUAAAUUUUUAGAUUAGAACUCAGGUGAAACAGCAAAGAAACAUUGAUAAAGGGGAAGCUUGAAGAGCUCUCCCAACUAUACUCCUGGAAUUCACAAUACUGGUCAAACUAUGUGGCAGUAACACAUCCCAAGUCCAGAAAUGUUUUCUAACGCAGAUUUGUGUGUGAUGCAGGGCAUGUUGGCUGAGGCUGGAACAACUGGAAGGAGACCCUGUGCGGAUAGUUUAAAUCCAGAAAAACUGUGUUUGUUUGAGUUUGCCUUUGAGAACUGCUCCAUGGACAGAUGUGGCUUUAAGUUUGAGGACAUGAUCUGAGGAGACACCCAGGAUAUGAUAAUGGGACAUUGUGGCUUGUGCACUCAGCAGUAUUUCCACUGUAGAAUGGACAUCUACUUUAUGAGAUGGAAAAUUCUGUAAGAACCUUAAAGACUUGAGGGGAAUUACCUUGGGAUCAGAAAACCAAGCCACGAUCUCUGCAGUAGUGGCAGGGAUUACAGGAAUACUUUUUCAUUCUUCCAGCACAAGAAGAUCUCUCUAGGCAGUUAAAGAAACAUCACUCAUUUUGGUUUAAUCCAUUUGCACGGAUUCUUCAGGAAGCCGUUUUGAAGGGGGAGGGGGGUGCCAAGAGACCCCCCUCCCCCAAGAGAGGAUCUUAGACUGGCCAUCCUACAUCUGUCCAACAAUGAUGUUUACCAGGACGAACACAUAAACACGCUUCACAAAAUUUUGCUAAUCGCUUUCCUGAUCCUCAAUUAAUAAGAGGCAGAAGGGUAUGCUGCUGUCCAGUGCAUUUGCAAUCCCAGUGCAAAGUAUUUCCUGUGUUGAUGGUGGUGGUUUGAAGCUCAUCAGAGGGGAGAACGUAAGAGGACAGGGUGCGGCCUAUGCCUGUGAAGGAUGCUGAAGAAAAGUAGUCUGAUUCUCUGGGGCGUAGUGCUUUUCGUGGCCUGGAACGCCCUGAUCCUCUUCUUCCUGUGGACUCGGCCACAGUCUUUGUCAGACCACAGCCGCUUAACUGAAGAGGUGAUCCGACUGGCCCAGGAUGCUGAAGUAGAGUUAGAACACCAAAAGGACCUUUUACAUCAGAUCUACAUUUAUAGUUCCCUUUGGAGCAAAUGGAAGGCCAAAACCCACCACCUAUCAGCUGCGGUGUCAGCCCAGCCUUCCACAGCUGCGCUCUUACCCCAUCAUAGUCGAAUAUCCCCUGAGGCUGUUUUGCCUGUGGUGGUGAUUGCCUGUGACCGCAGCACCGUCCGCCGUUGUCUGGAUAAACUGUUGCAUUACCGUCCCUCAAAGGAGCGAUUCCCCAUCAUUGUAAGCCAGGACUGUGGGCAUGAGGAAACAGCUAGAGUCAUUGCCUCCUAUGGAGAUUCUGUCAUGCACAUUAAGCAGCCCAACUUGAGUGACAUCCCUGUGCCCACCGACCAUCGCAAAUUUCAGGGAUACUACAAAAUCGCUCGACACUAUCGCUGGGCCUUGAGCCAGGUUUUCCGGACCUUCAAAUACCAAGCGGCCAUUAUAGUGGAAGACGACUUGGAAGUCGCUCCAGAUUUCUUUGAGUACUUUCAAGCCACUUUUCCACUUCUGCUAGCCGACCCAACUCUUUGGUGUGUCUCUGCCUGGAAUGAUAACGGCAAGGAACAGAUGGUUGAUGCUGCCCAUCCCGAACUUCUCUACCGGACUGACUUUUUCCCUGGUCUGGGCUGGCUUCUGCUCUCUGACUUGUGGGAUGAGCUGGAACCCAAGUGGCCCAAGGCUUUCUGGGACGAUUGGAUGCGACAGCCUGAACAGCGGCAGGGCCGUUCAUGCAUCAGGCCUGAAGUGUCGCGCACAAUGACUUUUGGCCGUAAAGGUGUGAGCCACGGUCAGUUCUUUGACCAGUAUCUGAAAUUCAUCAAGCUCAAUGACCGUUUUGUGCCUUUCACCCAGAUGGACCUUUCUUACCUCAAGAAGAAUGAGUAUGAGCGCUCGUUCUUGGCCCAGGUCUACGGUGCCCCUGAGCUGCGUGUAGAAGAACUGCAGGGGAACAAGCACCGGGAGUUAGGUACUGUGCGAGUGCAGUAUGCCACCCGCGACUCUUUCAAGGCCUUUGCAAAGGCCUUGGGUGUUAUGGAUGACCUCAAAUCAGGAGUGCCCCGUGCUGGCUAUCAGGGCAUUGUCAGCUUUCUUUACCGAGGCCGCCGUGUUUACCUGGCUCCUCCUCCUGACUGGACAGGCUAUGACCCCAGCUGGAGUUAGCAGCUGAUGAUCUUUGAGCAUGCUGGACCACAUCGGGAAAAGGGUGCUUGGGUAGGGGGUGGGAGGGCAAAACUCUGUAUUUUCUUCUCCUGUGUGGCAUUCAGGUGCAUUCCAGGAAUGAGGAUUGUUUUGUGCACUUAAUUUGGGGGAGGGGGUAAUGGCAGGAGGAAUAGGUGAUGGGGGUAUUCUGAAGCCCCAGCGUUGUGGAUGAGAAGGAGCAUUCUCUCCCUGGUGCCUAUCUUCCUUCUGGACAUUGCAGCCUGUCCACUCCUUAGAUCCUUGGUGGUUUGUCCGAAUUGGUGCAUUUUGAGGUCAAAGUGAAUGCUAAACCAAAGCAGUGACCCGCUGAAGUUUUCUCAGUUUCAUUGAGUAUAGCAAGCCAGAGCAGCUUGUGAUCUUACAAGGCCAAUGCAGCUCACCAGCCAUACAGUGUGCUUGGCCACAGAUUUAAUACGUAUCUUUAAUUCUAGCCAAGCAAAACCAGGAGUCUUGUUGAGUUCCCAGUAAACUACCAUUCAAAACUGGUGCGCUGCACUUAACUUGAUAGGCCACAAGUAAGCUACAGGGGGAAGAUAAAAGGUUUUUCUCACCUCUUGGCCGCUGCUUCACUUCUCACCUGGGCAUCUGUAGGGUUUUGAAAGCAGGAAGCUCUUUUGGAUGACCAUUGAACCCUCAAAAGGACCAUCUUUAUUGACCAUAUUGGCCAUUUUUAUGUUGAUCUCUUAGAUACGCUAAUUCUUGAACCCUGUUGAUUGGGACAGUGGAUAUACAAUGUGCACAAUGACAAACUUAAUAUGAUUGUCACUCAGAUGAGAUGGAAAGGGAAGUCAGAGCCUCUUUCAUUGCUUUUACUCGCGCACUAAGAUAGAGCAGUUGGAGAGCAUGAGCACAUGCUGGGGCCUGUUAAUUUUAACUUAAAUGACGUCUUGGAUGGAGGUGGGCAUUUUCUUCUCAUCCUCUUACCUGGUACUGAGAUACAUGAAGCUCUGGCUUUACAGUCUUCUAGUCGGUGCCUGCCAAAGGAACUUCCUGUCAAAUGGUCCUUUCUGUAAGCCACAGCAGAAGAUGAUGGGCUGCAGGUGGGCCAUUAAGUUUGGAGAGGCCCCUCCGUGAAAUUCCUCUUGGGCACUGGGGCAGGAAGGUCCGAGGCUGGGUCUUUGAGACGCACGAGGGAGCGUGCAAACAUUUCCAUCUACACCUGUAAUCUGAAACGAUAGAGGCUUCACGUAUAUCUGUGGACUGUAUAUUUAAGGGAAGCUGACUGAUGGCUUGAUGUCGGUGCCAUGUUCUCUUCCCAGGUUUAUGAGGAGAAUCUGCCCAAGGCUGCCUUAAUUUCCCUGGUGUAGGAACUCCAUCCUGAUCUAUGGCAGAGUAUGCUCGUGGCUCUGUUGCAUUUUUUAAUCACUGUUUUUUCUGAAUGGCCAUAUUGGAAUUGGUCACUGCUACAUAUUUGGACACCAUGUGGGCACUAAGCAGAGCAGAGGGAGGAGCCUUCUUGAGGAAUCGGAGCAUCUCAUGAAAGGACCUCUCCAACGAAGGAGUCCAGCCUUACUCGGUGGGGCAGAGUCCACCUUCCCCAUUCUUGCCUUGGGAGUUGCCGAUGAGCUGCUCCAGCUGCCACUUUGUGAGGCGGGCGUGAGGAAGUGACUCCUUUGGCCAAAAUUUAGACCACACCAAAGGAUAUUGCUUUAUUUGAAUGCUUAUUGCUUUCUCUCUCUCUCUCUCUCUCUCUCUCUAAAAUACACAAGACCAUCUCUGUGAUGAAUGGAGGAAGACAGACUUAUGUUUUGGCAUUCCACUUCAGUAAGGAAUUGUGGUUAAGUGAAAUAGGUAUGGGAGGUUUUCCCUUCAUGUAUCUGCUCUUCUAGUUGGUGCAAGGGGGAGGUAUCUGCCUAUGUCCUGAGAUUUUCUUUUGAAAAACAAAACUAACGCUGCAGAGGAUGAGGCUCUCUAGAGGAAGAAAGAGAAAUGACCUAUUGUGAUCUGCGCCUCAAAUUUUGAUAAUUUGGAAAUGUCCGUAAGCUGAUUUAACUUUAAUUCUUUGAGAGAGACUACUAUUUGCCGAUUUUCUAGGUCAGGCUUCCAUUUGAAAACAAAGUAAAGUAGGGCAGAAAAAUGUAUAUGGACCAUGAGUGGGAAUGUCUCCAAGGAGAGCAAAGAUUGUUUCGUGCGAUGCUACUCACCUUUAACGACUUCCUGAAUUUACAUGUGGAAAAGAUGGCUUGAGUCAUCCGUCUACCAUGAGGUGCCCCUCAGAAAUGCUGUGAUCCAUCUUAUCUGGAUGGGGGGGGUGAUGGUGAAAGAGGUGGUUGUAAUGGAGAGUUGGAUUCUUUGGCAGAUUAUUUUAAUUCCUACUUUUAAGGUUUGCUGGAUCCAGGGUGAGGAAUUGCCAUUUCAAAACUAGAAACAAUAGCUGUUCUUACCUUGGGUUUUCUGUUCUGUGACUCAGCUUGAUGCCUCAGUUUGCAAGUACGUGGCCAUUUCCUGUCAGCAGAAGGCAGCUGCUGAAGUUCUGGAGGAAGAAAAAUGGAGGUCUCUUUCUGGCUCCCUCCUCCUCUCCUUUCUGUCCUCUGGUGCUCAGUCAAUCCGUCAGGGAAAUGGAAAUGGAAAUAGAAUAGGAGGGCAGAGCUACUGAAUCAUUUUCUUCCUGACUUCUCACUUCUAUGUAACGUAAUCCGCACUAUCUGUAGCCCAAACUCUUUUCUUUGGCCUACUGUCCGUGUUAGUGUUUUGUCCUAGGUCACAGUGAAAUGAUCACCUUUUCCAUUCCAGUUAGUGAUUUUGGUGAAACAAUUGGAAGAUGCUCAGUGGAGAUCCCAGCAGAAAGGAGAAUCCACCAGCAGCUACAGUUUUCCCCCCUUUCUGUCCUGAGCUGCCUUCUGUUCACAAAAAUAUCUCCGCUGAAUUUCCAACUGAAAAUAAGUGUCUGUACAUCUGAAUGUUUGAAUCAAGGUGUUUGAUGGAGAGAUGCUGAUUUUAUGUUCAGACCUAAUUGGUGAGAAGACCUUAAAGAAGCAAAAACUUAUUUUCCACAAUAAAAUAAAAGCCGGUCCUUUUCAGACA